AUGGGUGCUCCAGUCGCGGCGCUGCUGCUGGUGCAGCUGUUGGUGCCAGUGGAACUCGAGAUGCUGGGGUGGCAGGAUCAGGACGUGCUGUUUCCAGGUGGGGAGGGUGGGCAGAUACGUGUGUCUCCUGUAGCUCAGCCCUAUGUCGAUCUGUCCAUCCCAGGGCCAUGUGGCCAACGGGCCAUCGGGUCGCGUGUGGUGGGCGGAAAGGACGCAGAUCGUGGGCGCUGGCCAUGGCAGGGCAGCCUACGCCUGUGGGGUUCCCACACCUGCGGAGGGAGCCUGCUCAACCGGCGCUGGGUGCUCUCCGCAGCGCACUGCUUUGAAAAGAACAAUGACCCCUAUGAGUGGACAGUCCAGUUUGGUGAGCUGUCUGCCAUGCCGUCCAUCUGGAACCUGCAGGCCUACUACAACCGUUACAAGGUGGACGAGAUCAUUUUCAGUCCCAAGUACCUGGGGGCUUCAGCCUACGACAUUGCCAUGCUGAGACUGUCCUCCGCUGUCACCUACAACAAGUACAUCCAGCCCAUCUGUGUCCUGGCCUCUUCCAUCGACUUCCAGAACCGGUCUGACUGCUGGGUGACCGGCUGGGGGGACAUCCAAGAAGAUCAGGAGCUGCCAUCUCCCUACAUCCUCCAGGAAGUGCAGGUCGGCAUCAUAAACACCACCAUGUGUAACUACCUCUUCUCACAGUCUCCUUUCCGCUAUAAUAUCUGGGGAGACAUGGUUUGCGCCGGCGACCCUCAAGGUGGCAAAGACUCCUGCUUCGGUGACUCAGGCGGACCUUUGGCCUGCGAGAGGAAAGGGCUGUGGUAUCAGGUUGGAAUCGUGAGCUGGGGAGUGGGCUGUGGUAGGCCCAACCGGCCCGGUGUCUACACCAACGUCAGUUUGCACUUCGAAUGGAUGCGGACGCUGAUUGCCCGCAGCAGCAUUCACAGGCCAGACCCCUGGCUGCUGCUCCUGUGCCUCCCCCUCCUCUGGAGCACCCCAUUCCUGCAGCCCUCCAGAGUCCAACAGAGCUCGUGAGAGUCAGGGCCAUCUGCUGCCUCAGACCCAG